AUGAAGCUAGAUACCUCUCAUAUGAGAUACUUGACUCCGGAGGAUUUCAAAGUCCUCCAAGCAGUCGAACAAGGUUCAACAAACCAUGAAGUUGUUCCAACUUCCUUGAUUCAUCAACUUUCUGGAUUAAGAUCAUUGUCAGGAACAAAUAGAUCGAUUAGUGAUUUGGCUAAAUUGAAACUGAUCGCUAAGUUAAGAAACGCUAAGUAUGAUGGAUACAAAAUGACAUAUAAUGGUAUUGAUUAUCUCGCUUUAAAGACCAUGCUGAAUAGAGAAACCGUCUAUUCAGUGGGUGGUACCAUAGGUGUUGGUAAAGAAUCUGAUAUUUACAGAGUCAGUGAUAGAAAUGGUACUGAGAAAGUAAUGAAGAUACAUAGACUUGGUAGGACUUCUUUCCAUACUGUUAAAAAUAAGAGAGACUACAUAAAAAAGAACGCAAAAAAUGGUGUAAAUUGGAUGUACUUGUCCAAGAUCGCAGCUGGCAAAGAAUAUCAAUUCAUGACAUUACUUUUUGCCAAGGGAUUUGAUGUUCCUGAAGCGUUUGACUGUUCACGUCAUUGUAUUGUAAUGGAGUUAAUUAAAGGUUAUCCAAUGAGAAGACUCAGAAAACACAAGAAUAUUCCAAAAUUAUACAGUGAUUUAAUGUCUUUCAUUGUGAAACUAGGUAAUUCAGGUUUAAUCCACUGUGAUUUCAACGAAUUCAAUAUUAUGAUCAAAGACAAAGUUGAAGAUGAAAAUGACCCAGGUUUUGUCGUCAUCGAUUUCCCACAAUGUAUUUCGAUUCAACAUAACGAUGCGGAAUUCUACUUCAAAAGAGAUGUCGAUUGUAUUCGCCGCUUUUUCAAGAAGAAGCUCAAGUAUGAACCAAAAAGUGACUCAACUAUGUUGGACACGGACGGUUUUGGUGACGGUUACAAGUAUCCUUAUCCUCUUUUUGAAAGAGAUAUCCAUAGAGAAGAUAACUUGGAUGAAUUAUUGCAAGCUUCUGGCUUUAGCAAGAAACAUCCGGGUGAUAGAGACAUAGAGGAAGCCAUAGAUGCUAUGAGAAAUAACAUUUCAUAUGAUUCUGAAGAGGACGUUGCUUCAGGAGACGAGGUAAAUUCCGAGGAUGGUGAUAGUGAUGGUGAAUAUUACUAUAGCGAAAGUGACGAAGAAGACUCAGAAGGUGAAAGCGAAGAUAGCUUAGAAGAAGAAAAUGAAAGAAUUAUAGAGGCACUGUCCACCGGGAUAGGUAACUUAAGGAUGGAUAGCUUGGGUAAUUAUAUCCUGGAGGAAUGA